AUGGAGCCUUACGACGAUGGUUUCAUUGAGGAGCAAGAAGAGCAGGAGGAAGAGCGCACCGAGGAGAAGAUCAUCAACGAAGAGUACAAGACAUGGAAGAAGAACGCACCUUUCCUUUAUGACAUGAUCCUGAGCACGGCAUUAGAAUGGCCUACUCUUACAACACAAUGGCUACCUGAUAAGCAAGAUGUUCCCGAUAAGCCCUACUCGACUCAUCGCCUGCUUAUUGGCACUCAUACCUCGAGUGAUGCGCAAAACUAUCUGCAGAUCGCUCAUGUACAGCUCCCUAAUCCGACUGCGCCUAACCCAGAUGACUACGAUGAAGAGCGUGGGGAGAUUGGCGGAUACGGCGGCAGCUCGAAGAAGGCGCCUAUGGAAAUCAAGUUCAACAUUGUGCAAAAGAUUGAUCACAAGGGUGAAGUCAACAAGGCGCGAUACCAACCACAGAACCCCAACAUCAUUGCCACCAUGUGCACAGAUGGCCGUGUAAUGAUCUGGGAUCGCUCAAAGCACCCAAGCUUGCCUACAGGCACUGUCAACCCUCAGAUGGAGCUUUUAGGCCAUACUCGCGAGGGUUUCGGUCUCAGCUGGAGUCCACACACCACCGGUCACCUUGCUACAGGUAGCGAGGACAAGACAGUCCGUCUUUGGGAUCUGACGACGUACACAAAGGGUAACAAGGCACUCAAGCCUGUUCGGACAUACACCCAUCAUUCCUCUAUUGUCAACGAUGUUCAAUACCAUCCUCUGCAUUCUUCACUCAUCGGAACGGUAUCUGAUGAUAUUACCCUCCAAAUUCUCGAUGUGCGUGAGGCCGAAACCACGCGUGCGGCUGCAUCAGCGGAGGGCCAGCACCGUGACGCCAUCAACGCCGUUGCGUUCAACCCUGCCGCAGAAACGGUCCUGGCCACCGGAUCGGCCGAUAAGUCGAUCGGCCUGUGGGAUCUACGUAAUCUGAAGACCAAACUGCACGCGCUUGAAUGUCACAACGACUCCGUGACUUCGCUCUCUUGGCAUCCAUUUGAGGAGAGCGUACUGGCCAGUGCCAGCUAUGACCGCAAGAUCAUGUUCUGGGAUCUUAGCCGGACUGGGGAGGAACAGACCCCUGAGGAUGCCCAGGAUGGUCCACCCGAGCUUUUGUUCAUGCACGGCGGCCACACGAACCGCAUUUCGGAUUUCAGCUGGAACCUGAAUGAUCCGUGGGUGCUCUGCUCGGCGGCUGAAGACAACCUGCUGCAGGUGUGGAAGGUGGCAGAUGCGAUUGUCGGCAAGGAUCUGGAGGAUGUGCCGACCGAGGAGUUGGAACCAUGA